AUGUCUUCUCUCUUGAUGUCAAGCGAUAUGAAGCGAGGCAGCCAUGCAGGACUCAAGUAUUCGUGCGAAGUUUGUGGCUGCUCAUUCGCUCGCCUAAAGAGUCUGAAGGAGCACGAGCAAGGAAAGCAGCACGAGAUGAAUCUCAAAGCAGUCCCUCUCAUAAUUUCUUCAUGCGCUGCCUCGUUCAAAAUUGCUGAGGGCGUUCUGACCAAGGAAGAAAUAAAGCGAUGCAUAGCGAGCUCAUAUCGGGGGGAUGAAACGCUGCCCAACGACGGCGUGGAACUAAUCACAGAGAGUCAGAUCGUUGCAGCAUGGAAUUGGUUGGACUUGAAGACUUUCCCUUCCAUCGAUGCCGCCUCUCCUGUGACUUAUGCAGACCUUUCUCACGUAUCAAAAGCAAGAUUUUUCAAGUAUUUGUCAGAGUUGAUACCACAAAUCUUUGGAAUCCCUGAAACUUUCGCACUCAUCAACUCGCGUCCCUUUGAAAAGCAAAAGGUUUUCGACGUGUUUGUAUGUGGCGAAUUGUUUAAGCUCAUUGAAGACCUCGUUGUAGCGAUUGGGCGGGUGCAAUCUUGUCGAAAGAUCAUCAUUUUAUCAUGCCUUGAAGGGCUCCUUCCGUUCUUGCUCAAAUGCCGCUUCCCCAAGAUUGAAAUUGUCAUACAAGGAAACUCACUUGAGCAGAGCACCGGCAGCUGGAUCAGCACCUUCUGUGAAGUCAUUGAUGCUGCAAACGUCGUUGCUGGAAAGACGAGCUUGACCCUGAGACUCUGGUCUUUUGUGGACGGAGUUCGAACCACGAAGUCUUAG